UUUGUCAGGCCCAUCUUUAUUAGACGAAACGACAAGCAUAUUUCCUCUAUAUCAAUCAUGGUGGUCUGCAGGCUAGGACAGACCAGCACAUUGACAUUGACAUAACUUCAGUUCAUGAUCUCUGCCUGGCACGAAGGAACGACUAGAUAUAGUCGCUCAACAAAUCGAGCUGUAUUUCACAAAGGACAAAUUUUCGGAGAACCCUUUGGUCCCCACCGGAUGAUUGUCCCUUCCUGCACGUUGCACGACAACAUUGGUAUGAAAAUAAUUGCGUUCGCGAACCGUGCACACGGAUCAUGAUGCAUGAUGGUGUUGCCCCAAUGCGUCGUGCUUAAUACUUAUAUUGCAGGGCUGCUUGGAUAUGCUGGAUCCUGAUUUAAACUUUUCCGUUGCGUUUUCCCUUUCGACGGUAUAUCCAAAAAUUUCUUCAUGCCAUUCUCUACCACGGCAUCGUCCACUGUUGCUCUCGAGCACCAACACAUCCAAUCAUUUCCCACUUCCCCCACCAACCCUCAAACUUUUUCAGAUGUGCGUGACUCGGAGGAGGCUGCCCAGAGCAUCGCACUCCGCAUGAUCACCAAUGCGUGCACAGUGGACGGUGUCCGCAUCGGUAUCCACUAUUCGAAGGAAGACGAUAGUGACUGUUUCCGACUUGUCGCUUCCCAUAUAUCCACCUGCCUACCUUUAUCCCCAUAUCUCUUUAUCAUAGCAACUACCAGUGUGUCGCCAACAAUUGCUGGUAGUGGUGCCUGUGUUUCAGACGCACUCGUCAUCUGCGGGUCAGAUGAGGAUGACAUGCAGCGGGCUGUGCUUCUCGCGUCUUCCAAAUUUCCAGGACGAGUAGAUGCAGUCAACAACAAGGGCACUCUCAUUGCUCAGGCUGCAUCUAUACGGCAAAUUGGCUCCUCGACAUACCACGAAGCUGCCUUGUGGGACAUAUUGUUCAACUCCGUGCACACCCACAAUCCUCAUUCUCCUCCCCCUGGAUCUCGCAGUAUUGACCAAAUUCUCUCCGACGCCCGGGCGAAGCUGGAGCGAAUGACGCCCCAACAAGCUUACGACGCACUUCACGAUCCCACAUACCCGGUGCCCGUUUUUCUCGUGGAUAUCCGCCCUGCUGCAGAACGCGAUCGUGAGGGCGAGAUCCACGGAUCUCUCAUCGUCGAACGAAACGUUCUGGAGUGGCGUUUUGACCCACGCUGCGAAGUGCGAUUAACAAUUGCAGAUCGCUAUGAUUCGAAGAUUAUAUUGUUUUGUCGUGAAGGGUACACCAGCUCAUUGGCUGCGGCGUCCCUGCAUGAGCUUGGGUUGUUGAAUGCGACCGAUAUAGUGGGCGGUUAUGAUGCGUGGAUCGCGGCUGGUCUUCCAUGUCAAUAGGGCUAUUGAUGAGGAAAGCUAUCAAAUUCAAUCAACAGAGGAAUUUCAUGAAUUGUAACCAGCAGAGAUGACACCGCAGAUGUGGCAGCCAAUACUUUCGCGUAUGGGGUGACACGGGGAUCUGUGCAUGACCAAUAUCAUUGCUUGGCGAACUUGAAAUAGCAAGCU